AUGAAUAAUGUGUGCCAAGAACAUGGAAAUUAAACUAUAACUAAUAUAUGUACCUUUAAUCAUGAUUGUUAAAAACUAAUGUGUCCAGAAUGCUAAUAUUCUCAUUAAUAAAUUGUUCCAGGAAUUAAAAUAUUAACAAUUUCCAUGUUUAAGGAUAAAUUGAAUUCUACUAUAAAUUAAUGUGUUUCAAAGAAUCAUUCAGAGAAUCAAAAUAAAAUUUAAAAGGAGAUGAAAUUACAAUUUGAAGAAAUUUUGAUAAAAAUAAAUACUUUGUCAGAUCAAGCACAAAAUACAUUUGAUUAUUUGUUUGGGGAAAUAAACUAAAGGGAUAAUAUUUAUUUAGAAUUAUUUAAUAAAGACCCAUUAGAUAUGUCUUUAAAAGAUCUUCACAAAAUAUCAAAUAUUUGGCACAAUGAAAUUUUAAAUAAGUGGAAAAACUAGAGAGAAAUUAUCAUAUAAAUAUUAUAAAAAAAGGUAGGCUUGAUGUAUGAAUUCCUAGGAAAAUUUAUUCAAAAAUUGGAAAAUUAAAUAAACUAAUUUGUUGAAGAAAUAUCAACUACAAUAGAUGAUGAUUCUCCAUUUUAGUAUGAAUCAAUAAUAUUCCCUGAAUCUUUUGGAAUAAGGCACGGAUAAGCAUUCUCUAAAAGACAAGGCACAUUUGAGGAGGUAUAUCAACUUUAUCAUUAAUUAGUAUAAAUAUAUUAGAUUAAAUUAAAAUAUAGAUAAUUUAAAUUAAAAAGGUUUUAUUUUAAAUAAAUAAAAAUUAAAGCUUACACCAUUCUUAAUCAAUAUACUAGAAGAUGAUGGAUAAAUAUAAUAUUUGAGGGAUGGAGAAAUUUUGAAAACGUAAAAGUUUCUUCAAUAUUUUAGUGAAAAGAUCCCUAAUACUAAUAAAAGAUAUGUUAUCAAUAAAAAUUUAGAAUAAGUUAAACAUCUCAGAUGGGAAGGAUCAUAUGAUUAAUAAUUUAAGAAGAUUGGUAAAUGGAAUGCUUUUUGGUAGGGAAAAAAAUUAGAUAUUGGAGGCAAUUAUGAUGAAGGUGGAAUGAAGAAAGGUUAAUGGAUUGAAUUGUCCGAUAUAUAUCAGAAGUAUAUUCUAAAUAUUAUUAUCUAUAAGCCAAUGCUAAGUAAUAGAAACCGGAUUCUAUUAAAAAGGAAAAAAAUCUGGAUAAUGGCAUAUCCUCUAUAAUGGUUUAAAAAUGUAAUUAUUGUUAAAACUAUUACAGAGGGGGAGGAAUUUAUGAUGAAUAAUAGGAACUAAAGGUGGGAAAUUGGAAAGAAAUUCAUUAAAAUUUUAAUAAGUUUUAUUCAAUCUUUUAUCAAUAGCAAAUGUCAAAUAUUUUAUAUUGGGGAAUAUAUAAAUGGAAAAAAAAAUGGGAAUUGGGAAAUUUAUCUUAGAGAUGAAACAUCUUAUCAAUAUUAGAAAAUGUUAAUAAAUUAGAUUAUUUUUUAUAGAGGAUAUGGAUUAUAUGAUCAAUUAUAUGCUUGGAAGCACGGCUAGUGGGAGGAGCUUUAUAACUAAUAUUAAGAGUUAAAAGCUUAUGAUAUCUUGAUAUUUUUAGUACUUAAGAAUUCACUUAAAGAGGUGUUUAUGAAAAAGGAAGGAAAGAAGGUAAAUGGGAUAUUUGUCUUCGUGAUACAAUCAUGUAUUUAUUAAGAUGUUAACAAUGAUAAGAGGAGGUGGAAUGUAUGGAUAAUCAGGAAAAAAUGGAAAAUGGAUUGAGCCUAUCUCCAAGUAUUUUAUCUCAUAAUGAAAAGUUAGAUUACCAAUGAAGGCUAUUAUAAAGAUGGAAAAAGAGUUGGAGAAUGGAAAAAAAAAUUAAAUAAUGAAAUAAUGUAACUCUAAUCUCUUUAUAAAUAGAGGAGGAGGAUUUUAUAAUGAAAAUGGAUUUAAGAUAUAAUGUUGGACUGAACUACAUGAGAAAUAUAGCAAGUAUUUUUAUCAUAAUUUUAGUUAUUGCUAAAUAACUUACUUUGGAGAAUAUGAAAAUGGGAAAAAAUAGGGAAUAUGGAAAAUAAAUAAUAAAAGUUAUCAAACGUAUCGAUUUUAUUAAAUUUAAUAGAGGAGAAGGACUAUAUCAAAACGGUUAGAAAUGUGGUAAAUGGAUAGAAGUUCACGAGAAUUUUUUAAAGUGAUUAUUUUCUUAUAAUUUCGAGCACUUUUAUGAUACUUCUAGAAGGUAACUAUCAUAAGGGAAAAAAAACUGGAGAAUGGAUAACAAAAGUCAGAUAACCACCAUUAGAAUAAUUGAUUAAUAUGUAAGUAAAUUUAUAGAGAAUUUAGCGGUGGAGGAUAUUAUGAUAAUGGAUUGAAAACUGGAUAAUGGAUUGAAUUGGAUUAAAAUUAUGAAAAGUAUUGGAAUAUUUAUUAAUACUUAGGAUUAAUCAAAUAACCUAUUCUGGAUAAUAUCAAGAUGGCAAAAAAGUUGAAAUUUGGGAGAUUAAAUCUAAGAAUAUUAAAAUGUAUGAAUCUUUAAUAUUUAUAUAAGUGGUGGGGGCAAAUAUCUUUUUAAAGGUGAAAAAGAUGGAGAAUGGAUUGAAUUGGAUGAUAAUUUUAGGGAGUAUUAUUUCACAUAAUUAAAUUAUUAAGUCUUUGCUAAAUUGUCCAUAAAGGUGUAUACUAAAAUGGGAAGAAAAUUGGGAAUUGGGUAAUUUAAUUUAGAGACGAGAAUAACCAAAUAUUUGAGAAUAUGUAAUAUUAUACAAUAUUUAUAGAGGAGGAGGAUAAUAUAAUGAGGAAGGCAUAUAAAUAGACAUGUGGACUGAAUUAUAUUAAAAUUUUUGGAGGUUUGAAUAUUUAAUUAAUUUCAGGGAUUGUCGAAUAGUAUUUAAAGGAAAAUAUUAAAAUGGGAAGAAGGAAGGAAAAUGGAAUAGUUGUUUUUAAAGUGAUCCAAAUAAGGAUUAUGAAUUAUUGUAAAAAAUAAGAUGAAUUAAAUAGUGCAGGAGGUUGUUAUAAUCAAGGUUUGAAGAAUGGUCCAUGGAUUGAAUUUUAAGAGAAAUCUUGGAAGUAUUUAUUUGACGAAAACCUUUAGCCCGUAAUAAAAUCUAAUAGUUUCAUAAUACAGUAAUGGAAUAUAUUAAAAAUAAUGA